ACCUGCCUUCUGUCGGUUGUCACCUCUCUCUCUCCAAUCCAUAGUUUUGUAGGGACCCAAGCCCCGUUCUCUAGGUUUAGGGCAGGAGGGGGUCUGGAUCCAGGGGGCAUCAGGGUCCAUUGUCCUGGCACUGGCAGCACAGCCCUCCCCAGCAGACAAAGCGGGGAGGGAAGUGACCGACCAUUGCCGGGAAGCGCCAUGUAGCCAGGGAGAGAGGAGCCAGGCACUGUCAUCACACGGCGGAGGGGGAAGGGAGGGAGAGAGGGAAGAUCUCCGACUGAGUCAGGAAGAGGGAGGAGGAAUAAAGAUUAAAAAUGGCCACCAGCAGCUGCUGGCAACAGCAACAACUCCUGACUUUCCGGGAUAGGGCCACUGGCCGGUCCGAUCAGCAUUGAUGGAAGGGAGGAGGAGCGACCGGGGCACAGAGCUGGCACCGAUCUGUGGGCACAGCACAGGAGAAGGGGCACACACUGGGUCCUAGGCAGCCUCAGCCCCCAGUCCUUUCUCUCCUCACCUUGACACUUGGAUGAUCGCAUUGUCUUCCUGCUAUCCCCGUAUUCUUCUACCUGCACCCGUCUACAGCCCCGCUGGAUGUAUCCGGGAAGGGAUCGCCGGGCAUGAGCAUGCCAGGAGGACUGCAUUAGAGGAGGAGGGCAGGGAAGAGAAAGCAGCCCAGCUCCAUCCUGCUGCUCUGUGCCACCCUGCACUGAGGGAGGAACUGUCAAAAAUGAAUUGACAAUCCCUUUGGAAGACAAACGUUAUAAUGUGGCAGUACUGGCUCCCAUGUUCUGGAUAGAAGCUUCCCUUGCCCCAGUUAUAUUAUCCAAGGAAUUUGCGUCUCUAAUGUCUUUGACUUUCUAUGGGAAGUAGAUGGGAACUCGAAUUUAGCAGGGAUUCUGACAGUGUCUGACAGAAGUAAGGACCCCUGCCGACUCUAGCUUUGAUGAGAAGAAAUAAAAGGUGAGAGGGUUGCAUUAACAAAAGUGCAACCAUGAAUAUGGUAAAGAGAAUAAUGGGCCGGCCUCGGCAAGAGGAGUGCAGCCCGCAGGACAAUGCGCUUGGCCUAAUGCAUCUAAGGCGGCUCUUCACCGAGCUUUGCCAUCCUGCCAGACACAUGACUCAGAAGGAACAGGAAGAAAAGCUUUACAUGAUGCUGCCAGUAUUUAAUAGGGUAUUUGGAAGUGCACCUCCUAGCACAAUGACUGAAAAGUUCUCAGACCUUUUACAGUUUACUACGCAAGUUUCCCGAUUGAUGGUCACUGAGAUAAGGAGGAGGGCAUCCAACAAGUCCACAGAGGCUGCAAGUCGAGCCAUAGUCCAGUUCCUUGAGAUCAACCAGAGUGAAGAGACCAGCAGAGGAUGGAUGCUUCUUACAGUGAUUAAUCUCUUGGCCUCAUCUGGGCAGAAAACUGUGGACUGCAUGACAACGAUGUCUGUGCCCUCCACCCUGAUUAAAUGCCUCUACCUGUUUUUUGACCUCCCACACGUGCCAGAGGUACCCGGAGGAGCAGAGAAUGAACUACCCCUUGCUGAACGCAGAGCCUUGCUUCAGAAAGUCUUUGUUCAGAUAUUAGUGAAGUUGUGUAGCUAUGUAUCUCCAGCUGAGGAACUAGCACAAAAAGAUGACCUUCAGCUCCUCUUCAGUGCAAUAACGUCCUGGUGUCCCCCCUACAACCUUCCUUGGAGAAAAAGUGCUGGUGAAGUCUUGAUGACCAUUUCCCGACAUGGACUUAGCUUAAAUGUAGUGAAAUAUAUACAUGAGAAAGAAUGCCUUGCCACAUGUGUCCAAAACAUGCAGCAGUCAAAUGAUCUGUCCCCGCUGGAAAUUGUGGAGAUGUUUGCAGGCCUUUCCUGUUUUCUAAAAGACUCCAGUGAUGUAUCUCAGACACUGCUGGAUGACUUCAGAAUAUGCCAAGGAUACGUCUUCCUCUCUGACCUCCUGCUGAGGCUAGAGCAAGCUAAAGAGAAUGAAUCCAAAGAUGCACUGAAGGACUUGGUUAACCUAAUUACUUCUUUAACAACAUAUGGUGUCAAUGAACUGAAACCAGCCGGUUUAACCACAGGGGCGCCUUUUUUGUUGCCAGGAUUCGCUGUCCCACAGCCUGCUGGAAAAGGGUUGAGCGUAAGGAACAUUCAAGCCUUUUCUGUGCUCCAGAAUGCAUUUCUUAAAGCCAAGACUUGCUACCUUGCUCAGAUCAUCCUGGAUGCCAUCACCAAUAUUUACAUGUCUGACAAUGCCAAUUACUUUAUCCUGGAGUCCCAGCACACACUAUCCCAGUUUGCAGAGAAAAUUACCAAACUGCCUGAUGUCCAAGUGAAAUACUUUGAGAUGCUUGAGUUUGUAGUGUUCAGCUUGAACUAUAUCCCUUGCAAAGAACUGAUAAGUGUCAGCAUCCUUUUAAAGUCCAACACCUCUUUUUCCUGUAGCAUUAUUGCCACUAAAACUCUUCUAAAAUUCAUUCGACACCACCACAUUUUCAAAGAUGUCUUCAAAGAGGUGGGACUCUUGGAAGUAAUGGUCAACUUAUUGCACAAGUACGCUGCUGUAUUGAAAGACCCUGCUCAGGCAUAUAUUGAACAAGGGUCCACAACUGUAUUACAGUCAACCGAGGACCAAAGGCAAUUGGCAUUAGUGGUAAUGGAAACGCUUACUGUAUUGCUACAAGGAUCAAAUACCAAUGCUGGUGUCUUCAGAGAGUUUGGAGGCGCAAGGUGUGUGCAUAACAUUGUCAAGUACCCCCAGUGUAGAGAGCAUGCACUCAUGGUAAUCCAGCAACUGAUGCUGUCUCCUAGUGGAGAUGAUGACAUGGGAACACUUUUAGGAUUGAUGCACUCAGCGCCGCCAACAGAGCUGCAGCUGAAGACAGACAUCCUAAGGGCAUUACUAAUAGUUCUGAGGGAAAGUCACCGGACGAGGACUGUUUUUCGUAAAGUUGGCGGAUUUGUCUAUGUCACGUCUCUGUUAGUUGCAAUGGAGAAGUCUCUUAGUUGUCCACCAAGGAAUGGUUGGGAGAAAGUGAACCAGAACCAAGUCUUUGAACUUCUGCACACUGUUUUCUGCACUUUAACAGCAGCAAUGCGAUAUGAACCUGCAAACUCUCACUUCUUUAAAACCGAGAUCCAAUAUGAAAAACUGGCUGAUGCUAUUCGGUUACUUGGCUGCUUUGCUGAAUGCCGCAAAAUCAGACCAUCAAAUGUCUUCCCUUCAAAUAACCAACCAUUUCAGAGACUUCUAGAAGAAGACCUGGUGCAGUUGGACUCGGUGUGCCCUGUACUGAGGCACUGCAGCAAACUUUUUGUAUAUCUAUAUAAAGUAACUACGGACUCCUUUGACAGUCGUGCAGAACAGAUCCCGCCUUGCUUGACAAAUGAGACAACUCUCCCCUCACCUUGGGGCACCCCUGCUCUAUCCAGGAAAAGGCAUGUCUACCAUACAGUGUCCUCAUCUUCCCUGAUGCCUCCAAAGAACAUCAGCGAUCAAAAACCUCACGGAGGACCGGCCUCCUUUUUAAACUCAGAUGCAGUUAUUAUACACCCAGGUGCCAUGCUUUCUAUGCUUGAUCUUUUGGCAUCUGUGGAUUCAGAUUCCCAACCUGAACAUGCCUUGGAUCUCCAGUUGGCUGUCGCAAACAUCUUGCAGUCUUUAGUACACACGGAGAGGAAUCAGCAGGUUAUGUGUGAAGGAGGGCUGCAUGCCCGUCUAUUACACAGAUGUAGCGCCGCCCUGGCUGAUGAAGACCAUGCAUUACACCCUCCACUUCAGCGCAUGUUUGAAAGACUGGCUUCUCAAGCACUGGAGCCCAUGGUAUUGCGAGAAUUCCUCCGUCUUGGUAAUCCUUUGAAUUGUGCAGCAUGGGAUAAACGCUUGUUAAAACAGUACCGUGUCCACAAGCCUAGUUCUCUCAGUUAUGAACCAGAAAUGAGAAGUAGCGUGAUCAUGUCCACAGAGGGCCUUGGCUCUGACAGUGUGUUCUGUGUGGGAGAAGACAAACAUUACCGGAUAAGCCGCAGCUUGGUAAAAUCGGCAGAAGGCUGCACAGUGCCCUUAACCAGGGUAAAGUGCCUGGUUUCUAUGACAACACCACAUGACAUUAGGCUUCAUGGAUCAUCAGUUACUCCUGCCUUUGUGGAAUUUGACACUUCUCUGGAAGGCUUCGGCUGCCUCUUCUUGCCAAGUUUGGCUCCUCACAAUGCUCCAAACAGUAAUGCAGUUACCACGGGGCUUAUGGAUGGCACAGUGCUGAGUGGCAUAGGAACAGGGGAACGUCUUUUCCCACCACCAUCUGGAUUAACAUUCUCCAUAUGGUUCUGCAUUGAGCAUUUCAGUACUCCACCAAAUAAUCACCCAGUGAGGCUGCUUACCGUUGUCCGACGCGCAAACUCCUCCGAGCAGCACUAUAUCUGUCUAGCCAUUGUACUUUCCGCAAAGGACAAGUCCCUGAUCGUGUCAACAAAGGAAGAACUCCUUCAGAACUAUGUGGAUGACUUUAGUGAAGAGUCUUCCUUCUAUGAAAUCCUACCUUGUUGUGCCCGAUUUCGAUGCAGUGAGCUGAUAAUGGAAGGUCAAUGGCAUCAUAUGGUUUUAGUGAUGAGUAAAGGCAUGCUAAAGAAUAGCACCGCCACUCUGUACCUUGAUGGGCAGCUGGUCAGUACUGUAAAGCUUCAUUAUGUACACAGUACUCCUGGUGGGUCUGGUUCAGCUAAUCCACCAGUGGUUAGCACUGUCUAUGCAUACGUCGGCACUCCUCCAGCUCAACGCCAACUCUCGUCCCUUGUUUGGCGCCUGGGACCAACUCACUUUUUGGAGGAAGUCUUGACUGCAGCAAGUGUUGGUGUCAUUUAUGAACUGGGACCAAAUUAUGUUGGAAGUUUUCAAGCAGUUUCUUCUCCAUGUAAGGAUUCCAAGUCUGAAUCAGGUACUCCAUCACUGGUAUCUCUGGUGCCUGAAGAAAAGGUGUCUUUUGGUUUAUAUGCCCUUUCAGUGUCUUCCCUUACUGUGGCAAGAAUAAGAAAAGUUUACAAUAAGCUGGACAGCAAAGCAAUUGCUAAGCAGUUGGCCAUAUCUUCUCAUGAGAAUGCCACACCGGUGAAGCUACUGCAUAACUCAGCUGGACAUUUGAAUGGCCCCGCUCGGACAAUAGGAGCAGCACUCAUUGGUUACCUAGGAGUGAGAACAUUUGUCCCCAAACCUGUGGCAACAACCUUGCAGUAUAUCGGAGGUGCAGCUGCCAUUCUUGGUUUAGUAGCAAUGGCAUCUGAUGUUGAAGGUCUCUACGCAGCAGUCAAGGCUCUUGUGUGCGUGGUAAAGAGCAAUCCACUGGCCAGCAAAGAAAUGGAAAGGAUUAAAGGUUACCAGCUACUUGCAAUGUUGCUAAAGAAGAAGAGAGGUCUUCUUAACAGCCACAUUUUACAUCUCACAUUUUCUUUGGUUGGGACCGUGGACAGCGGUCAUGAAACAUCCAUUAUACCCAACUCCACAGCUUUCCAAGAUUUGCUCUGUGACUUUGAGGUCUGGCUCCAUGCACCAUAUGAACUCCAUCUUUCACUAUUUGAACAUUUCAUUGAGCUUCUUACUGAAUCAAGUGAAGCUGCAAAGAAUGCAAAGCUCAUGAGGGAAUUCCAGUUGAUACCCAAGCUGUUACUGACCCUACGAGACAUGUCCCUAUCACAGCCCACCAUAUCUGCUAUCAGUAAUGUCUUGAGUUAUCUCCUACAAGGUUUCCCAAACAACAAUGACCUACUCAGGUUUGGCCAGUUCAUCUCCUCCACACUACCAACCUUUGCUGUCUGUGAGAAGUUUGUUGUAAUGGAAGUGAAUAAUGAGGAAAAGCUGGAGCCAGGAACUGAGGAUGACUUUGGAGGACUUGUUUCUGCCAAUCUUAUACUUCUAAGAAAUAGACUAUUGGAUAUGCUGAUGAAACUCAUGUAUACUACAAAGGAAAAGACCACAGUGAAUCUUCAAGCUUGUGAAGAAUUAGUCAAGACUCUUGGCUUUGACUGGGUCAUCAUGUUCAUGGAGGAACAUCUACAUUCAACCACAGUCACUGCAGCCAUGAGGAUUUUGGUGGUACUCUUGAGCAACCAGCCAAUCCUCAUUAAGUUCAAGGAAGGUGUGAGUGGAGGCGGAUGGCUGGACCAAACAGACUCUGUAUUGACCAACAAAAUCGGGACAGUCCUAGGCUUCAACGUUGGAAGGAGUGCUGGAGGCAGGUCAACGGUCAGGGAGAUAAACCGCGAUGCUUGUCAUUUUCCUGGCUUUCCGGUUCUUCAGUCACUUCUCCCCAAGCACACUAAUGUACCUGCACUUUACUUUCUGCUCAUGGCACUGUUCCUACAGCAGCCUGUCACUGAACUGCCUGAAAACUUGCAGGUCAGUGCACCUGUCACCAGCAACCGAAGUAACCGGGGUUGCCAGUUUGACCUGGACUCCAUCUGGACUGUUAUCUUUGGGGUGCCUGCAUCAAGUGGAAAUGUCUUCUCCUCUAUCCACAAUGUUUGCACAGAAGCUGCGUUGUUGUUGCUGGGCAUGCUCAGGACAAUGCUGAAUUCUCCAUGGCAGUCUGAGGAAGAAGGUUCCUGGCUUCGGGAGUAUCCAGUAACAUUGAUGCAAUUCUUCCGCUACCUUUAUCACAAUGUUCCAGAUCUUUCUCCAAUGUGGAUCAGCCCUGACUUUCUAUGUGCCCUGGCAGCCACCGUGUUCCCCUUCAACAUUCGACCAUACUCUGAAAUGGUCACCGACCUUGAUGAUGAAGUGGGAUCGCCUGCUGAAGAAUUUAAAGCCUUUGCAUCUGACUCUGGAAUGAACAGAAGCCAAUCUGAAUACUGUAAUGUCGGCUCCAAGACUUACCUGACCAGCCACCCUGCCAAGAAGUUUGUGUUUGAUUUCAUGAGAGUACUUGUCAUUGAAAACCUCUGCCUGACUCCUGCCAGCAAGCAGACUCCUUUGAUAGACCUACUCUUAGAGGCUUCUCCUGAAAGAUCUACUAGAGCUCAGCAAAAGGAAUUCCAGACCUAUGUAUUAGACAGUGUAAUGGACCAUCUUCUGGCUGCUGAUGUUCUGUUAGGUGAAGAUGUUUCCUUGCCAGUGACCAGUGGGGGUAGUUAUCAGGUACUGGUAAAUAAUGUCUUUUAUUUCACCCAGCGAGUUGUGGACAAGCUGUGGCAAGGAAUGUUUAAUAAAGACUCCAAACUGGUUGUAGAGUGCAUUAUCCAGCUCAUCUCACAGUCAAAAAGACGUUCCCAAGGUGUGUCACUUGAAGCGAUUUAUAACUGCUUGAACCGGACUGUGCUGUACCAGUUUUCCAGAGCCCAUAAAACUGUGCCUCAGCAAGUAGCCCUAUUGGAUUCAUUGCGUCUCCUUACAGUGAAUAGAAAUCUGAUCCUAGGACCCGGGAAUCAUGACCAAGACUUCAUUGCAUGCCUUGCCCAUUGCUUGAUUAAUCUCCACAUGGGAAGCAACCCUGAUGGCUUUGGAUUGGAGGCUGAAGCCAGGAUGACCACCUGGCACAUUAUGAUGCCCUCAGAGGUAGAACCAGAUGGAAUAUACCAGGAUGUUAGUGAAGGACGCCAGCUCCUUUUGAAAGCUGUCAACAGAGUUUGGAUAGAGCUGAUUCAUAGCAAAAAACAAGUUCUGGAGGAUAUGUUCAAAGUGACAUUUCCGGUCAAUGAACGAGGACAUGUGGACAUUGCUAUUGUCAGGCCUUUUAUUGAAGAGGCAACAUUACGUGCUUGGCAAAAUCAUCUUGCGUAUGAGAAGAAGUGCAUCAGUAAAGGGGAAGCCCUGGUCCCAAGCUCUCAGUCUAAAUUGUCACGUGUCAGUAGCGGCUUUGGUCUAUCCAAAUUAACUGGGUCAAGAAGGAACCGUAAGGAAAGUAGUCUCAACAAACAUAACCUCUCCACGCAGGAGAUCUCCCAGUGGAUAUUCACUCACAUUGCAGUUGUACGUGACCUAGUGGAUAUGCAGUAUAAAGAAUACCAAGAGCGUCAACAAAAUGCCCUGAAAUAUGUGACAGAAGAAUGGAAUCAGAUUGAGUAUGAACUGCUUCGAGAAAGAGGGCUAUGGGGACCACCCAUCGGCUCACACCUGGAUAAAUGGAUGCUGGAGAUGACCGAAGGGCCUUGUAGAAUGAGGAAGAAAGUUGUGAGAAAUGAUAUGUUCUAUAUUCACUAUCCUUACAUUCCUGAAAUGGAGCAAGAUACUAACACUAUGAAACCUGCCCGUUACCGCCGUGCCAUUAGCUAUGACAGUAAAGAUUAUUACAUGCGCCUGAUGCCGGGGAACCCAGCAGUGUUUCACGAUACAGUGGAGGAAAGCUCUGAAGGGGAAGCAGCCCAGCAUGAGCCAGAACACGGAGAAGACACCAUUGCCAAAGUUAAAGGCCUUGUAAAAGCACCUCUGAAACGAUCAAGAUCUGCCCCUGAUGGUGGAGAAGAUGAGAACCAGGAGCUCUUGCAAGAUCAGCUGAGUGAAGGCUCUUCCAUAGACGAGGAAGAGAAGAUGGACAGUACCACCCUUCUGAGACUUCUUGAAGAAGGAGAGAAGAUUCAGCAUAUGUACCGCUGUGCACGGGUCCAGGGCCUGGACACUGGAGAAGGGCUCCUGUUGUUUGGCAAAGAACACUUCUAUGUUGUUGAUGGUUUCACAUUGACUGCCAACAGGGAAAUUCGGGAUAUUGAAACUCUACCAGUGAAUAUGCAUGAGCCAAUUGUUCCCCGGGGAGCAAGACAGGGCCCCAGCCAGCUAAGGAGAACAUGCAGCAUCUUUGCCUAUGAAGAUAUCAAGGAGGUUCAUAAACGAAGAUACCUAUUACAGCCAAUUGCUGUGGAGGUCUUCUCAGCAGACGGACGCAACUAUUUACUGGCCUUUCAGAAGGGAGUUCGGAACAAAGUUUACCAGAGGUUCCUGGCAGUGGUGCCGUCUUUGACAGAUAGCUCAGAGUCCGUCUCAGGGCAGCGUCCGAAUACCAGUGUGGAGCAAGGGUCUGGGCUUCUCAGCACUUUGGUUGGAGAAAAAUCUGUUACACAGAGAUGGGAGAGAGGAGAAAUCAGCAAUUUCCAGUAUUUGAUGCACUUAAACACCCUGGCAGGCCGGUCAUACAAUGAUCUCAUGCAGUACCCGGUUUUCCCAUGGAUCCUGGCAGAUUUUGACUCUGAGGAGCUGGAUCUGACCAAUCCCAAGACUUUUAGAAACCUUGCCAAGCCAAUGGGAGCACAAACUGAUGAUCGAUUGGCACAGUAUAAGAAACGUUACAAGGACUGGGAAGAUCCCAAUGGAGAGACACCAGCUUAUCACUACGGGACGCAUUACAGCUCUGCUAUGAUUGUAGCAUCCUAUCUAGUCCGAAUGGAGCCAUUUACCCAGAUUUUCCUCAGGCUUCAGGGCGGACACUUUGACCUGGCUGAUAGGAUGUUUCACAGUGUGCGGGAGGCCUGGUACUCUGCAUCCAAACAUAACAUGGCUGAUGUGAAGGAGCUAAUUCCAGAGUUUUUCUACCUGCCCGAAUUUCUUCUCAACUCCAACAACUUUGACCUCGGUUAUAAGCAGAAUGGAACAAAGCUUGGUGAUGUAAUACUGCCCCCAUGGGCCAAAGGGGACCCUCGAGAAUUUAUCCGUGUGCAUAGAGAGGCUCUGGAAUGUGACUACGUCAGUGCCCACCUGCAUGAAUGGAUAGACCUGAUCUUUGGCUACAAGCAACAGGGGCCACCUGCUGUAGAUGCUGUUAAUGUUUUUCAUCACCUCUUCUACGAGGGACAAGUGGACAUUUACAACAUUAAUGACCCUUUGAAAGAGACGGCUACCAUAGGCUUUAUUAAUAAUUUUGGGCAGAUACCUAAACAGUUGUUUAAAAAGCCACAUCCACCAAAACGUGUUAGGAGUCGUCUUAACGGAGACAUGUCCUCAGUAUCUAUGCCCUUGGGAUCUGCAUGUGACAAGAUAUUUUUCCAUCACUUGGACAAUUUGAGGCCUUCCCUGGCACCAGUCAAAGAACUGAAAGAGCCCGUUGGUCAGAUUGUUUGCACAGAUAAGGGGAUAUUGGCUGUAGAACAGAACAAGGUUCUCAUCCCACCCACCUGGAACAAGACCUUUGCAUGGGGCUACGCAGACUUGAGUUGCAGACUUGGUACAUAUGAGUCUGACAAGGCUGUUGUUGUCUAUGAAUGCUUAUCUGAAUGGGGGCAGAUUCUUUGUGCCAUUUGUCCAAACCCCAAAAUGGUUAUCACUGGGGGAACUAGUACGGUAAUCUGUGUGUGGGAAAUGGGAACAUCAAAAGAAAAAGCAAAAUCCCUCACAUUGAAACAGGCUCUGAUCGGACAUACAGACACAGUGACAUGUCUGACUGCUUCUUUGGCAUAUCACAUAGUUGUCAGUGGGUCACGAGACCGCACCUGCAUCAUCUGGGAUCUAAACAAGCUUUCCUUUGUGACACAAUUACGUGGUCACAGAGCUCCUGUGUCAGCGCUCUGUAUAAAUGAAUUAACAGGUGACAUUGUGUCAUGUGCUGGUACAUACAUUCAUGUCUGGAGCAUUAAUGGUAACCCAAUUGUCAGUGUAAAUACAUUUACUGGGAGAAGCCAACAGAUCCUAUGCUGCUGCUUAUCUGAAAUGAAUGAAUGGGACACACAAAAUGUAUUUGUCACAGGACAUUCAGACGGAGUUGUGCGUUUUUGGCGGAUGGAGUUCUUGCAGGUGCCAGAGACGCCAGCACCAGAGCCAGCUGAUACCUUGGAAAUGCCAGAUGACUGCUCAGAGACACAGAUAGGGCAUGAAGCUCAGGAAGAUGACAGCAGCGACUCAGAUGUAGAAGAUCAGAGCUCCAGUCAAGACACCAGACUAAAGGACAGCCAGGCACAGCCUAGCAACGUCACUCCUCGGACCAGAGCAUCGUCUGCUAGAGCCGGCUUAGCAGCAUGGUCAGCAGACAGCGGCUCUGACGAUUCUAGGCGGUGGUCCGAUCAGCUGAGUUUGGAUGAAAAAGAUGGCUUUGUCUUUGUAAAUUAUUCUGAAGGUCAAUCGAAAGUGCAGUUCCCACAGGUUCAAAGUGGUGGCUCAGCAACCCAACCUGAAGGCAGACUAUAUAACAAACUGAAAACUGGAUACAGGUGGGAGCGGCAGCUAGUAUUCAGAAGCAAGCUUACUAUGCAUACUGCAUUUGAUCGGAAAGACAACGCUCACCCUGCAGAGAUCACAGCACUGGGGAUAUCCAAGGAUCACAGCAGAAUCCUGGUUGGAGACAGCAGAGGACGGGUGUUUAGCUGGUCAGUAAGUGAUCAGCCAGGGCGAUCUGCUGCCGACCACUGGGUAAAGGAUGAAGGGAUGGACAGUUGUUCAGGAUGUGCAGUGAGAUUUUCUCUGACUGAGAGGAGGCACCAUUGCAGAAACUGCGGGCAGCUCUUUUGCCAAAAGUGCAGUCGAUUCCAGUCAGAAAUUAAGCGCCUGAAGAUCUCCUCCCCAGUGAGAGUAUGUCAGAACUGUUACUAUAAUUUACAGCAUGAGCGGGGCUCUGAGGAGUCUUCAAGGAACUAAAACUCCUCUGCCAUUGGAAUUACUUUACACGAGACACUCCACUUUGUGCCGUAACCAACAUUCUCUACAAAGGGGUAGGACUGUAAAAAUCAGUUUACAUGCAACUUUUGUUUUGUGUUCUGAACACUGCAAGAAAAAGGGAUCACUCGGCUCACUAAUGACUUUACAUUGAAGUGAAUCACUCGGACUAUGGUGGGCUUCUCUAUAAUCUAGUCCUGCUGCUACGUCUGCUGGCUGAAGAAGGUAUCCAACCAACAGCUCCCAUACUAACUUGUGUUUGUUUUGUAGAGCAGUCCCUCAGCGCAGUAACCCAAUAGAUAGCUUUUCGGACAAAUAAGCCGCUUACGAAGAAAUGACUCUAAGUUGUGUACAGUUUAUUGUAAAUAAAAUAUUGGCCUUUUUAUGGAAAUAUCCAGUUUAACUUGCCUGUUACAUGGGACUAAUCAUCAUAAAGGAACUCAAGUAAUAGAUCACCGAUAUACUUUUGUCUGUACUGUUGUUUUGUUCUGCAUCUUCCAACAUGUAUGUAUUUUAAGGCAUCUCUUUAACCUCUGGUCUCGCAGCUGAACCCUGCCUAGGUACUCGCUUAGGUUCGACUCCAAUCCAUACACCGUAUGAGCUGCAAUCUCCAACCCGACAGUACUUAAAUUCCCAUUCAGUAGCUCUCAAUCCAUUAGUAAGUUUAAGUAUCACUUCUGAGCAUGUCUGCGGGUUCUGGGGUUGUGCCUAUAUGAUAUUAAAGCUGCACACAUUUGACCUAUGUCUAUAGGGAAUACUCCAUGUUGUGUUAUCUCACUCACGUAUAGAGACACAACCCAGCCUACUUGCAUAGGGAAAAGAGAGUUAAGGCAUGUGGUUGUCACAUGGCACUGGGUUUGAGUGUGUCCAGUUGUAUAGAGGCAGCGUAUGCCAUCACACGGCAGUAUAGUGGCUUCAAUUAUAAUGUCACUCACAAGCCAUAAUCAAUAGCAGUGGCAUAGGAAUAAUGGAAUGUACAGUAUAUAUAUUGGGUUGCAUGGCUAAUCGUUCCAUGCAUAGCACAAAUUUUCGCGUUCUCAUUUCUUAGUGAAUACAGUCAAUCUGUUGCAGCACAGGGCAUUUUUUUCGAAUAAAGGCACACAGCAUUUUUUUUAAUGAAAUUCUAUGAAUUUUAACUCCAGUCAGUAAAGGGAAUGUUCAGAUUGAUUAUUGCUGCAGAGACGCGUUCACUGUACUGAUAUGUGGAGGCCUGUGCCAACUAUAGAAACUGCAAAAACAGCCCCCACUUAAGACAAUGGAUCAAGACAAUGGAUCAAUUCAGCCGCUUCAUAUUUUAGUCCAUUUUUAUCAUUAUUUAUUAUAAUAUUUUUUUACCUGAAGCCUAAUUAUUUCAUCUAGUGUUAGUAGUGGGCUAAUAGUAGUCUAAUAAAUACCGGCCCCUAUAAAUACUAUGGUCAUUGAGACAGAUCUCACUCUGAGAUCCUUUACUAGACCGUUUUCAAGGAGAUUUUUUGAAUUUUUUUUAGAAAAUCUCCUGGUGUGAGGACAAGCUGUUGUGACUGACUGGGAGCGACCUUCUUAGUUUUGCAUACAGUUAUUGUCGGUGAUCAUUUAUUGCUUAGUCCCAUAAUAAAUGCAAUCAAGUUAUGUAUCCUCUUCCACAAACUGACAGUGUAGGUCUAAUCCAUAUAAUCAUAUAUAUGAUGGCAGCCAACCAAGUGCCUGCUCUUAUAUCCAGACAUACAGUUCCACAAAUUUGGGGCCUAUCUAUGGUUGAUAAAUGACGGCGGUAAUACUCCUUAACUCACAGGACUUCUAAGUAGUUUUGCGAUUAUUAUAAUUGAAAGCUCCUUAAAAAUUUUCACAUUCAUUAAUAAAUGCCAACAGUGCUCAAAGACAUAUUUUGCCUACAAAUUGGAAAUUUGCUUUAUUUGCAAGGUUUGCACUACACAGAUGAUGGUUUAUGUAUAUUUUUGUGCACCUCCCAGCCAUCCUGUUUACUUAUGAAAUUUCCAUUUUCCGAUUUCGAGUGUUGCCCAUGGACCAUGGUUGGAGAUGAGCUCUAGUCCAGUUUUAUACAUACAUAUUUGGUAAUAUGCCUUUGAGCAGUGUUAAUAAACAAGACCUCAGUGGUGCUUUAUUUCACAGAUGGACGAACUACAGCAAUCUCUGGGGGAGGGAAGGGGAUCAAAUGUUUUUGUUUCGAACCUUAAAAAAAUGUAUACAUAUGAUGGCCCAUUUCCGACCAUAUAAAGGUCAUGGUUACACCAGAGAAAGAGACCAAUUGAACUUUAUGCUUAAAAAACGUCUACAAACACCCGUGUAUCCUCCAGUAUACCUGUAAGUUGUAAUCUAAUUGUAUUGUUAUGCUUUCCAAUUGAACAGGCUUUGUAAGGGGCUCGCCUCAGUCCUAUAGAACACUAUCAAUAAAUUAUUUUGCACCUUUAUGUAACAUAGCAGUGGUAGCCAAAUUUUAUUUUUGUUCUGUAUUAUUUCGAGACUCAUUUGGAUUCAUAACCAGAAAAAACAACUGUGUAUAAAAAAAAAAAAAAUAAAAAAAAAAUAUUUAUGCAGUAAAAAAGAAGCAAAAAAUUUUUAGGAAGUAUUUUUCAUUUCAGCAAGUUUUGUUACUUGUUGCAUGAGUAAUUAACACAGCUGACUUUUUGUGUCAGUGCAAUGUACAUUUUAUUUUGUCCUGUUAUUAACUUGUACGGCCUUACAGACAGCCAUGUAUUUAUAUGGCAGCAGACGUUGUUUGAUAAUAGCUGGCGAUGACUGGACAGAGGAAUUUUGUACUGUAUUACAGAAUUCAGUAUCUGUUUUUUUUUUUGGUGGUUAAAUGUUCACAGCCUGGAGAAACUAGCGUGCAGUCUGUAAUAUAUGAAUGUUUAUUGUAUAUUUGUCUCAGAGUCAAGAACAUAGAGUAACACGAUUACAAUACAUGACUAAAUGCAAUAGGUCAGGUACUUAAGUAAUUUUUUUUUCAUUAUGAAUAAAUACCUGCUAUUUACCACCAAUACAA